AUGAAUAACCAAAUGAGCGAUCGUCUUACUGUCAACGACGAAGGCGUUCAGCGCAUGAUUGACAACGAUUCAGCUAUGUACUAUAGUAACCAAAUGAUCAUUGCUCAAAAUAUGACUCAUCGUCCUGUGAACACUAUUAAGGCAAAUUCGGCCAAAAAUGGUGCCUUGAACAGAAAAUAUGUCAUGGAGCGAGGCCGAAAGCUUAGAAGAAAUCUAGAUGGUAUCUCUAUUACUCUAGGCAGAGAGCCAGUCCUCGCCUAUGUCAAAGCUAUUGCAGUCAUGUACAACAAGCAAAAGGCACUUGGCUUAAACUUCCAUUGGUUUGCAAGAGGACCUCUCGUUAGAACUUUUCUAGGUACUCUCGAAAAAGAAAAUUUCAAGAGUAAGAGUAUAUUCAAACCAAGAUUCUAUGUAUAA